AUGUCACAACCACAACCUCAACCACAAACUAGUGCCAAGUUCCAAUUGCAUAGUACCCUGUCUUCAUCUUUAGAAGACCCUCCUUCUCCAACUCACACUAGUAGUACAAAUAAUAGUCAACAAUCUAGAAAUGAAAAAUAUCACAAAUCAAUUAAAAAAUCAUUGAAUAAAAUGUCAUUUACUACUCCAAACUAUUCAGAUAGUGAUAUUUUUGAAAGAACUUGUCAAGGCCAUGGGAUUUUAAAUAGUAAAAGAACUCCAUCCCAUUAUAAUUUGGAAAAUUAUACUUCUCCUAUAUUAGAUACAAUCACCAAUAAUCCAUUAAAUUCAGUCACUUUGAAUUGUUUCUGUGAAGGUGAUGAACCAAUGUGUUGUGCUGGAAGAGACGAUGAACAAAACAUCAAUAAUGCAGAAGAUGAAGAUGAAGAUGAAAAUAGACAACAAGAUUAUACCGGACCUCAAUUGGAUGAUUCUGAACAUCAUCAACAUCAUCAUCAACAUCAACAUGAAGAGAGUUUUACUCCACCUUUUAUUCGUCCAAGAGCUAGAAGUAUUAUUUCUCAAUCUUUAAUUUCCACAUUAAAUCAUAAAAAUAAUUCGACUAGUACAACCCCACAUCCACAUCCGCAUGCCCAUUCUAUUGGUAGUGGUAGUGGUAGUGGUAAUCUUCGUUCUUCGACUUCUUCAACUGGUGUUUCUUCAUUAUCGUUCCAUCCACUUGCAAAACGACUGAAGAGUUAUGCUGGUCAAACUCCUAUUUCAAAAGACAAAGUUGAUACUAAUGCCAUUGAUUUCUAUUCAUUUGCAGAUAUGAAUCAAAUGGAAAAUGAUCAAGAAUCUUAUGCAACAACUACAAUUAGUGCGAAGGAUUAUAUUGGUAGAUUUUGA